AUGGCACCGAAAUCCAAGGCGAAGAAGAGUGUUGCUGCAGUCGAAGACGUUGAUAAUGAGCCAAUCUUUGACGAAGUGGCCUCCACAAAGCAGUCUAUCGACCACACACGUGUUGUAUUCGGUGUAGAUCUCGACGAUCCGCGUGAUGCCGAGGACGAUAUGAACGAAUUGGUCCCCGUCGCUAAAUACGCAAUUUUGACCAUGAUUUGUCUCAUGUCGUUCUCCAUUCGUCUCUUUGCUGUUGUGCGCUACGAAUCCGUUAUUCAUGAAUUUGAUCCGUACUUUAAUUUUCGUACGACCAAAUACUUGGCUUCGGAGGGAUUUCUUGAAUUUCUCGACUGGUUUGAUGAUCGUGCAUGGUACCCUCUAGGUCGUAUCAUUGGUGGAACUAUCUACCCCGGUUUAAUGUACACGGCAGCGCUCAUGUAUUGGGUACUGAAUCUCUUGAAUAUCUCAAUUAAUGUACGGAACAUGUGUGUCUUCCUCGCGCCUCUCUUUGCAGCUAAUACGGCCAUUGCUAGCUACUUAUUGACAAAAGAAGUGACAAAACGUUCUAGUGCGGGUCUCUUGGCUGCAGCAUUUGCUGGUACUGUACCAUCGUACAUUUCUCGCUCUGUUGGUGGUUCAUACGAUAAUGAAGGUGUUGCAAUCUUUGCACUUAUCUUUGUGUUUUACCUUUGGAUCAAAGCGGUACACACGGGCUCCAUGUUUUGGUCAGCAGGCUGUGCACUUGGGUACUUUUACAUGGUUGCAGCGUGGGGUGGCUAUGUCUUUAUCAUUAAUAUGAUUCCUAUCUAUGUUCUUGUCAUGGUCUUUGCUGGACGCUAUACGCCACGUCUAUACAUUGCAUACUCGACGUUCUACACACUUGGCAGUCUCUUGGCCAUGCAAGUGCCAUUUGUGGGCUUUAACGUUAUCAAACAAGCCGAGUGUGCGGGCUCUCACGGUGUGUUCGUGCUGCUACAAGUCUAUUGUUUUGUGAACUGGUUGCGUCACUAUAUUUCCGCCGAGUCAUUCCGUCGUCUCGUUUUAGUGGGUGCUGGACUCUUGGUUUCCGCCGUAGCGCUUGCACUUUUGGUCUUGCAAUUGAUGGGCAAAGUCCAGUGGACGGGACGGAGUUUAACACUUUUAGAUCCGACUUAUGCGUCCAAGUACAUUCCCAUUAUUGCUUCAGUGAGUGAACAUCAACCCACAACAUGGACGUCGUACUUUUUCGAUUUGCACAUUCUCGUCCCUUUUGCACCUGUGGGUCUCUAUUUUUUGUUUCAAAACUUGACGGACGGCGGGAUCUUUGCCAUUUUGUACGGAACUGUUGCCUGGUACUUUGCGGGCGUCAUGGUACGUCUUAUGUUGACACUCGCGCCCAUUGCGUGCAUUCUUGGUGCUGUGGGUAUUUCGUCCACAUUACGUAAGUUUAUGGGGAUUUUAGCGCGUCCAUCGACGUUUAUAGUGCAGAAAGAUGGUGUUCAGCCUGUACCGAAGAUCCUGGCGCUUGCUGUAGUAUGCGGUCUACUGCUCGUUCUACUGAGCUACAGUAUCCACGCGACGUAUGUGUCUUCAAUGGCGUACUCGUCGCCUAGUAUUGUGAUUGAAGCCGGCCGUGCACAGAACGGUGAGCGCGUAAUUUUUGACGAUUAUCGUGAAGCUUACUUUUGGCUGCGUCAAAACACGGAUGCUGACGCCAAGAUUAUGUCGUGGUGGGACUAUGGCUACCAAAUGUCGGCCAUGGCUAACCGAACGGUGAUUGUAGACAACAACACAUGGAACAAUACGCACAUUGCUACCGUUGGCCGUGCCUUGGCGUCAACAGAAGAAGAUGCGUACCCGAUUUUGCAGAGUCUGGAUGUCGACUAUGUUUUGGUUAUUUUUGGCGGACUGUCGGGUUACAGCUCGGAUGAUAUUAACAAGUUUCUCUGGCCUGUACGUAUCGGUUCAGGUGUGUAUCCUGAUGAUAUGCCUUCAGAGAGUGAGUACUACUCGGCUUCUGGCAACUUUGAUAUUGGUCCCGGUGGUUCCAAGGUUCUGCACAACUGUCUUGCUUAUAAGCUCUGCUACUACCGAUUUGGUGAAGUUCUGACGGAUUACCAACGUCCACCAGGCUUUGACCGUGCUCGUAAUGUCGAAGUGGGUGUGAAGAAUAUCAAAUUAACUCACAUGGAAGAAGCAUUUACGUCUGAGCACUGGAUUGUACGGAUUUUUAAAGUAAAAAAACAGCCUAAUGUUGAACCAACAACGGCAAUCAAGGAGGCACGUCUAUCCGAAGCGUCAGCUACAGAGAAUGACAUUUCAAAAGAGAAGACGCGAUUUUUGGGAUGUACGACAGGUGAAGACAUGCUAGGCAAUGACCGCUUGUAUGCUGGUGGAUCUAGUGGCGCCAACUUUAACCUUGCGUUGCAUCAUGCAAAGGACAAGGGCAAACGCUACUUUGCCAUCGCUCGAGUGGCGGACGAAGGCCACGCUUUUGCCUUUAAUAAGCUUCCAAUUAACAUUGCAGAUUUUGAUGGUAACGAUGAAGGAUGUAUGCGACCGUGCAAGGACGUAAGCUCGCAAUCUUGCGGCUGUGCGGACGGUGGGUGUACAGACAUGAACGUAGGGCCUGGAAAGGGACAGGAGCACAAUCGUCGCUGGGCCAUUUACGAACGCGAGACGAAGUAA